CAACAAACAGACGCCAUAUUGGUUGUUUACCCCGCGAUCCUACACGAGACCAAGGGAGAGAGACGAGUUAAAGGAAGAUCUCAAUUUACUACUGAACUACAAAGGGAGCGAGGAAUGUGACAAAAAGGGAGCAGCUCUGUUGAAGAACCAGGACAGGGCAGGGAAGGUGAAUGGCCCAUCUAUAUUCCCUGACCUCUGCACUUCACACCGCAAGAAUUUGAUGCACAUGUUGAAAAACCAUCAAAAGCUGCAAGACAUCAAAAGGAGAUGCAUCAAGGCAAAGGAAGAGCUGUCGGAGAAUUUGCACGUUAGAUUGAAGUGGAUAAUGUAUAUAGAGAGGCGCCUGUACGAGGCAGACACGCGCGUCUCCAUGCACCAAGAGAGUGUGCGGUGCCUGGCUGGACUCCUGCAGGUGGUGGAGCAGAUUCACCGCGCCCCGAGGGUCUAUGCCGCAGCCGUCACGGAGGUGGCUCGCCGGCACGCCUUCUCCAGGGCCUUCCUGCAGGUUACCAAAGAAAACAUAGAUGAACUGAGAAGACUGCUGCCGGAACUUUCUCACUGUCUAGCCAUUGGUGAGGUUCUGGCGGUUCCUCCUCUGCUUCGCCAUUUCACAGCUGCCCUCAAUACACAGGAGGAGAGGAGGAGGAGGAGGAGGAGGAGGAUGAAGAAGAACGAGGAGCAGGAAGACAAGGAGCAGGAGGAGGAGGAUGAGGAGAAAGAGGAGGAGGAGGAGGAAAAGGAAGGCUCUAGGAGAUUACAAGAAAAGACAAGCACACAAGAUUAUGAGAUGAAAGAAGAGGAGGGAGAGGAGGAGGAGGAAGAAGAAGAAGAGGAGGAGGAGGAGGAGGAGGAGAAGAGGGGCUCUAUGAAGACCAAACAGCAUUUUACAGCUCUUCCUGACUACCCAAAGCACAUCAAACUGGACAAGCACAGUUUUGAAGAAGAGGAGGAGGAAGAGGAAGAGGAAGGAGGAGGAGGAGGGUUAGGUGUGGCCCUCCCUCCCCCUCCCACACCACUGCAGUCCCAGCCUCUGAUUGGCCAGCUCUCAGCCAAUCAAGAGAGAGACUUUAUGGCCUUGCAGGUUGAAUUGAGUGAAGCAAGAGUGGAAGUAGAGAGGCUGAGAGACAGACUGGGACAACUUGGUGAUUUGAAGGGACAAGUGAAUGCACUGAGAGAGAAGGUGAAGGUGGAGGGCAGUUCCUACCUGUCGUAUGUGUCUCAGGUGUCGUCGUCAAUCUUGGACUUGAUCUUCCAGAUACAAGACGAGAACACAAGCAAGAGGAAGGAGGAGGAGGAAGAGGAGAGGAAGAGAUCGGAUAGCCUUCACCAGCAGCUGACAGAGACUCAACACAAGCUGGCAGACACUCAACACAAGCUGGCAGACACUCAACACAAGCUGGCAGACACACACAGACUGGCUGAUGUUUAUAAAGGCCAGUUGGAAGAUGCUCACAGGGAGAUUGAAGUAUAUAUGGACCAAUUGCAUAGACAAGAACAAAGCCUACAGCAAGCAGCAACAGAAGCAGAGGAAGCAAGACAGAAGAUGGAGGAGGAGAGGAAGAAGGAGGUGGAGGAGGUGGAGGAAAGGUGGAGAGAGAAGAUGAAGCAAGCUACUCUAGAACAUGAACUGGAGAUGGAAGAGUUAAGACAGCAGUUAGGAACAGUGAAGGAGGUUGAGGCAGGAGAAGGAGGAAGCAGUGGAAGAAGAAGGGAACAAGAUCAGAGCUGAGUGGAAGAAAGAUUUGCAUAGGAAAGAAGAAGAAAAGAAGAGAGAAAGACAAGAAUUUCUGGAGAAUGAGAGGAGGCACUGGGAGAAGGAGAAGGAAGAGGAAGUGCAGAGGAAACUUGCUCUUGUGGUGGAGGAAGGCCGAAGGGAACUGGAGGAGGAGAGAAAGAGGCACAGGCUGGAAGUUGAAAGCAUAAGGUCUAGAUUUAGAAUGAUGACAACGACGACAGCCACCACCAGCACCUCCCCCACUAGCAUGCCUUUCUCUUC